AUGAAGACCACUACAGCCGCGGAAAAGAAAGCUUACCUCAUCAACAAAUCGGAAAUGCUGGACCUCCUUGACUUAGUCUCAACGUCAUCUCUCCAAAAUGCAAAUCCUGAUACACACGAGGCAUGGGAGCUUCACCAAGGCGUAUCGACGGAACCAUCAUCGCUGCAAGACCUACAGACCUUCAUCGAGGGACGUGUACGGGCUUUGGAAAACAUCGAAGCCAGGGAAGUGUCUCACUCGAAUGGAAUGGUGAAUCAAUCAAAACAUCAAGGUAAACCUCAGCACAAUCCUAAGAUAAAUGCAGCUUUGGUAGCAGAAUCUAAAGAAAAAGGUAAAUCUAACUGGCAUCAUAUCAAGAAGCUUCAACUAGCUGAUCAAGAUUUCAUGACCCCUGGGUCUGUAGAUUUGAUACUUGGAGCUGAUGUUUAUGGAAGUAUCAUUCUUCCUGGACUUAUCAAGGGUCCGCCUCUAUCUCCUAUCGCUCAAUCAACCAUCUUUGGUUGGGUGUUAUCUGGGCCGUGUGGACUUUUCAUCAAUGACAAUAAAUCAUCAAUGUAUCAUUGCCUACUGGAGAACAAAGUAGAUGAUUUACUUCAGAAGUUUUGGGAACAGGAGGAUUUUGCUAAAGAUCCAGUUCAGGUUUUAUCUCCUGAAAAUCAAACGUGUGAAGAACACUUUCAAUCAACGCACUCUAGGACUGAAACUGGAAGAGUUGCAUCUCUUAAGAAAAUGAGUAUCCCCAGACUAGAGCUUACAGCAGCAUUAAUGUUGGUGCGUCUUGCAAAAUAUGUUAGAGAAAUUCUAGAUAUCAAAUCUGCUCCAUUGUGGUUGUGGACAGAUUCUCGUGUAACUCUUACUUGGAUUCAGAACCACCCAUCCAAGUGGAAAGACUUUGUUUGUAAUCGAGUUAGCAUUAUACAGGAAACAGAACCAUUAGCUCGUUGGAGGUAUGUUCCUGGCAAAGAGAAUCCAGCCGAUUGCGCUUCACGUGGGUUAUCUCCUAAAGCUCUCGUGGACCACAAGUUGUGGUGGUCAGGACCCUCGUGGCUCGCGGAAGAUUCUGUAAAUUGGCCCAUGAGUUCCGACGAACUUGCAGAGGAAGCCGUGUCUGAGCAGCGCAGUCAGAAAUCAACGUAUUUAUCCCAAUCUAAAUCAGAACCUGACUUACUUUCUCGCUACUCUGAUCUCAAUAAGCUACUUCGGAUCACAGCAUGGUGUCGAAGAUUUAUCAAUCGUCUCAAGAAAAUUAACAGUAUAGAACACACUCCCUAUCUGACACCCAAAGAAUUAAAUGAUUCUUUACUACUUUGGACAGGUAUUGUUCAGCUAGAAGCCUUCAAUGAAGAUCUAAAACAACUCACUAAUCAGAAACCAAUCAAUAAGUUGAGUAAACUCCACAAUUUCACUCCGUUUCUUGAUCAAAAUAAACUUAUCAGAGUUGGAGGUAGACUCAACCAAUCCACUCUUGAGUAUGACUCAAAACACCCACUUCUCCUCCCAAAAGAUUCUAAUCUUUCAAAAUUAAUAAUAUCUGAUUCCCACCUUCGUACACUACAUGGUAGUACAAGCAUUACAUUAUCAACCAUUAGACAACGUUUUUGGAUUCUCGGUGGUCGCCCAGCUAUUAAGAAAGAACUACUACGGUGUGUCACUUGUGCUCGAUACAGAGCUGAACGAGCUCAGCAACUUAUGGGACAGCUUCCUACAUCUCGAGUCACCCCUUCACGACCAUUUCUCCACUCUGGUGUGGACUACGCAGGUCCAUUCGUUAUCAAGACUUGGCGAGGUAAAGCAGCAAAAACAUACAAGGGAUAUAUUGUAGUAUUCAUCUGCUCGUCAACAUCUGCACUCCACCUCGAAUUAGUCACCGAUUACUCUGCAGAAGCAUUCAUUGCAGCAUAUAAGAGAUUCACAGCUCGCCGUGGAAUUUCUUCCACUCUGUCCAGCGAUUGUGGUACUACAUUUAUCGGUGCUGAUGCAGAACUAAAACGUCUAUUCACGGCUUCAACAACGACAAGUACCAAACUAAGAGAUCUUCUAACUAAAGAUGGAACAUUGUGGAAAUUUAACCCUCCAUCUGCUCCUCACUUCGGUGGUCACUGGGAAGCAGGAGUUAAGUCAGUGAAAUAUCACCUAAAACGAAUUGUUGGUAAUACUCAACUAACAUACGAAGAAUUCACUACCAUUCUCACACAAAUCGAAGCGGUUUUGAAUUCGAGACCUCUCUGCAAAUUGACUGAUGAUCCUGAUGACCUAUCUACAUUGACUCCUGCACAUUUUCUUGUUGGUUCAUCACUAUCUACAAUACCAGAACCAGACCUCAAGGAAGUACCAGCAAAUAGACUUUCAAGAUGGCAGUUGUUGCAGCAAAUGUUACAAAGUUUCUGGAAAAGAUGGUCAAGGGAAUAUCUUCAGCAACUGCAGACAAUUUAUAAAUGGAGAUUUCCAAACACACAACUUAAAGUAGGAUCAGUAGUCCUUAUUAUUGACGAACAAUAUCCUCCAUCAAAAUGGCCUUUAGCAAAGGUCAUAGAAGUUCAUCCUGGGCUUGACAAUCUCAUUCGCGUGGUAACACUGAAGACAGCUACUGGAAUACUCAAAAGACCAAUAGCAAAAUUGUGCUCUCUUCCUGUCACAGAAUAA